AUGGAAGGACUCGCCAUCGUCUAUCUCUGUCAAACCCGUUCGAAUCCCCGCAAGAUCGCCGUGAAUAUACUAAAAGAGAUCCAAUUGAUCUACGAUUUACUCGGACUCGAAACAAUGGACACCCCGGUGAUCGACGUAUUGGAUCAAGCGACUCCGUACGUCGUCAAGAAAUACAUUGAACAUAUUCCAAUGAAGGAAAGAAUGUCAUGGAAUAUGGACUUUGCGUCGGUCUGCGAGAAGAUAUCCACUAUUGAGACAGACAACACUCUCGUGAAUAGUGACAGAGGAAACGAGUACUUCCAAUGGGAUCCGUGGGGAUGUGCAUUGUCUGGAUAUGCUGAAAUGAGACAUCUUCUCACGAGAUGUCCGAGUGCUGUCGCCGCAGCGUGGCCUGUUUUGUUCUCGAGAUUGAAUGCAGUGUCGGGAUAUGUUGAUCCGAACAAUCCGCAAAACGAGAGUCGCUCCUCUCUUCUCCGUGGCUCAAAAAGCAAAGGAUCCUCGUCGAUUCUCGGUGAACAAUUGGGACAGGAGGCGUGUCUUGCUCUCUGGCAGAAAUAUCUCAUCAUGUGUUGUGCACUCGCUCCCGCCCCCUAUAAUCUAUCUCAGCGGAGUUUCAGUCCGACAAAUUCGAUGGACGGUCCUGGAGACGUGUUCAGAAGUGUGUCAGCGUCCCUGAGAUCAUCGAGAACGCCAGUUCCGAAUUCGUUGUCUCAACUGAUAUCGAAAGUUUGUAUGAUAUUGAGAUGGGAGAAUUUGACAGAUAUCAGAGAUAGUGUCGUAUUGGGUGUCGGAUCGAUUAACCCGAUGGCAUUUGAUAUGAUGCUCGAUGAGCUCAAAUCAAAUGGAAUCUUAAGAGAAGCGACUGAAAAGAAGGCGGAGACUAAUUUAAGAAGGAGAAAACGAAAGGAUUUGUUGAGACUUCAGAUUAUUCGAGUCAUUGAGGUCGCGAUUUUCCGGGGAUUACUGUUGGUUCACUCGUCUGGAUCAUCGUCGGAGUACACACUUCAUCCGCAUGUUGUUGAUUUUAUUGAUUCGAUGAGGGUUAAUUUAGAAAGUGAUCAUGAUCGCGACAUCACUGUCGUCACGAAGCUCCGCCUCCACUUUGCCAAACUCAUUCACUUGAUUAUCGACUCCACUCCACAUUUAUCUAGGCAUACGCUUUUCUCCGAAGAACGUCGUCACAACCUGUUCUAUCUCUUCAUCAAUUGGUGCUCCCGUGCGAUCGCCGCCGAUCGGAAAUUCCGUGACAAAGAAGUGGGAAGCUAUGUGGAACAGAAGUCAGUACUCGCAAUGUCUCGAAUUCUUUGCUGUGGUCCGAUAUUCGAACCUGCCAAGUCGAUUGGAGAAGACGGAUAUUUGUACGGAUGGCUCGAGAAACUGAUUGUGUCGACGAAUCCGACGAUGCAAUCGGAAGUGGAAGAGAUGUUGGCAUGGAUGUUGGAGUUGAAUGAGUCGGGAGUUUUGUUGGAUUGGUUGAUGAUGCAGUGUUAUACACAGCCACCCGCCGUCGCGUGUCGCUGCUUUCGUGCUCUCGUCCGAGUGUUCUCUCGUCGAGACUUCCCAUGUGAAUUCGUCUCCCUAUUCGUCUUGUGUCAAUCGAUGCUCGCCGUGAAUUCGGUGACCGAUUGUGCACUUCACAUGAUUGAAAUUCUGAGGAAACAGUUCUUGGACACUUCGAAUCUCCAUGCGACGUCGCCAGCGCAACAAGUCGCUCCGAUAGUUCAGAUGAGGAACCAGACGGAUGUUAUUCAGAGUGUCUACAACAAUGGCCACAUCCUUCCCAUCGAACAAUACGAUGUGUGCACCCGUCUCGCCAACGCCUAUCCACAUCUUACUGUAACUAUCUUCAGUGAAGUAUCCUAUCGCCUAGAAACCGACAAUUGCUCGAAUAAAUCCCAACUCCUCGGUCUUCUCCAACCAUGGAUCUCGAAUCUAGAGCUAGUCGAUCAGAAUGUUGUAGAAGAAGCUGCAGAAGGACCUAGAGGAUGGGGAUCCGAGGAGGCGACUCAACUGGUUUUGAAUAAUUUGUUGUAUUUGACAGUCACCUUGUCAUCAGACUAUGAGAAGGAGCUAGCCGAGGUUUGGAAGACGUUAGCCAUCUCGUUUCCAGCGAAUCUCCCGGCGAUUCUCAACUUCUUCUACACAACCACCCUCCUCUCCCAGGAAUCCCUUCUACCGUAUACCAAACGAAUCUGUGUUCUAGUCUCACAAUGUGUUGGCACCCGAAUCUCGUCGAUCUUGUUGGAAUGGUUGAGUACGGUACAUGAUAGCUCGAAAAUCUCACUGGAACGCAGUGAAAUUCCACCGUAUUACCGGUGGAAAGAUGAGAAUUCGGAGCGGAAAGCGAAUGAAGGGUCGGCGGCACGCGACUCGUUGGAGAGGGAGGAGCCGACGAAGGAUGGGGUUAGAUUGUUGCCGAUGCCCGCUUAUGGGGGACACUACUCGCCGUUGAGCCAGUUUUUGCCGCCUGUCGUGCAGCCUGUUCAGUUUUUUAAUAAAAGCGAAGUGGGUCUGCUCCUUGUCUGUGACAUCAUCCGUACGCGUUGCUCAGUCGAUUGGUCCGAAUCGAUGGCUCUCCUCCUUCACUUCUCAAUUCUCCGUCUCGAUUCCCUCCGUCCCGCCCUCUGCCGUCACGCCCGUCAAACGAUUAUCAACGUGAUCAUGCUCUACAUGGACAAGUCUCAACUGGCUCUUGUCUCGGCGAUUCUGCUGAAAAACGAGAUGAUUUACGGGACGGAGACGAGUGAAAUCAUUGGAGAAGUGGCUGUCGGAGUGUGUCGAGGAGAGUCUCCGUCGUUUGCCAGGGCGACUGCUGAUGAGUAUCGGAAAAUGAUAUUCGCGAGUCCCACACUGUUCUCACACAAUGAUUUGUUGUCGGCUGUCGUUUUUUGUAUGAGUGAGAACAUGGACACUCCAUUCUGGGCGAACGAAGACGCGAACUCUCGUAACUGGCGUGUCCCGAGCUCCGAACAACUCUCAUGCACCGUCCAACACAUCGUCCGUCUCCUCAUCAACCGUGCUCCUCACCAACCCAUCGAAAUGAUUUGGACUCAAUUGGCCAUGAAAAUGGCGCUGUCCACGUCGAAUCGACACGUGGCUGGAAGAUGUUUUCAGAUUGUGUCGGCACUCGGACAACCGCCAGGAGCAUGGAUUCCUUCGUUGAUGUCGAGAUUAGUGGAGACUGCUGGAGAACAACAUGAUGAGACACAGGCUUAUGUUACUGAUUUGAUGUUGUGCUUGACGGAUUGCUCACCGUUUAUAUCACCGACGAUCAUCGAAACGAUGGAAAUGCGACAAGUGAUAUCUCCAACUCAUAUGCGAUCCACCUCCUACACGCCGGCAUUCGUCAGACAAUCGGUCAUUUGUUCGAGAGUUCAACAGUCGGAUAAGAAGAACGCCCGUCUCUCUCUUCUCGUUGCUGAUCAGGAGUCAUGGACAGCCAAGUCACCGGACGCUUUGGUUAGAAGUAAGAGUGCAGAGCAGUUGCAGAGUGAAAAUGAUUCGAAUGAGGAAACAAUGUCACGAAUGCAAAUACUCGCAAUCGCUGUGAGUAUGAUGGAGUCUGGAAUCGAGAAUGAAUUCCUUCUUGCUCUGAAUCUUCUCAACAAAGUGCUCGAUGUGCCGACAUCGCAAAAAGUGCAGUGUCUUGCCAAAUACGAUAAGAUGGUUGGACAACUCGAAUGGAAGAAUUUCAAUGGAAUUGUUUCGUUGAUUACGAGAGGUGCCAUAAUCCCAACCGCCUACGAGCCAUCAAUUCAAGCAAUGAUUCGUCUCAGCGAUGUUCUUGCCGAGGAAGUUGUCGGCGGACCCAACGGAAUCGCCAUCUUCGUCUGUCACACUCUACCGUACCUCGCCACGAAUUUCGAGGCGCCAAAUGCGUUGUGCAUCAAUGCGGCGAAUUCGAUUGCGGCGUUCUGCGACGAGACGAUCAAAACGCAGUCGGGCGCUCCUGCCGACCAUCCAUUCGUUCAUUUGUCGACUAUAAUGAGACAAUACGCGAUGAGAACAUUCAUGAAAGACGCUCAACAGUUUAUGAAAUGUGUUCUACAGUACAUUUGUGAUGGAUGCAUUGCUCUGAAUGUGGAGACUUUGAUGUGUCUACUGGCUGAAAUGAGUGAGAGAGGAGUGACCGGUUUGAAUGGAAGUGUACUUCAUAUGGUUUUCUUGUUACUUCAACACAAUCAUCACUCCAUUUCCCCACUGUUGAUUAAUGCGCAGGUAAUCCGGAGUGUAUCCCGCUUCCUACAAGGCAACAAUUGGCCCGACGUCGCCCGCAUCUACAAGACAAUCAUCGAGAAAUGGCGGAACGAGAAUCCGAAUCUCGACACUGACUUCCAACUCGACGUCGUCACCGGAUCCACCACCGGUAAUUCUGGAGCAGUGACGGUGAAGCCGUCGGAGGAGAAGGAGAAGACGUCAGGAGGAGACGUGAAACCAGAAGAGAAACCGCCUGGAGAUGUGGCGACUACAAGUCUGAAGAGAUAUCCACCGGCUCAUAUGAGAGUUCGAGACAAAUUAGUUGGGAUUCUGUCAGCGUCGGGACUUCGUAUCGGUCUUCCCUCGUCAGUUUCCCUGGUAUUCUCAAGAUCUGAUCUUGGAAGUGCCACGUCAUCAACCGAGAGAAUCUGCGCGUCGUCACAAGAAGUGGCGUCGACAAUGUCCCUUCCAGACCCCUCACAAUCCGGAAUCACCGACUCAUUCCCACGUGUCUUCAAGGAAUUCGACUUCCUUGAAGCCGAACAUGACAGUGUCUCAGAGACCGCCGAUAGCUGCUUCGGAUGGUUGUCAACGAUGCGACCGACACGGGAGAAGGACGAGGAGAGAGGAGGAUCCACGAGGAAUCUGUCGAGUGGAGGAGCCGAGGAGCCGGAGGAAGAGGAUGAGGAGUCGGAGAUGCAUGAUAUUGAGGAGAGUAGUGAGAGAAUGUCGGACGGACGUCUUCAUGAAGACGAUGAUGUGGAGGAAGAGGAGGAGGAUGAUGAGGAGGAACGGACUCCGUGUCAAUCGGAGUGUUGUGAUGAUGAUAGAGAGGAGGCUGAAUUACUUUUAAGACAAGAUAUCGAAGCGUACACGAGUCGAGGGGGAAGUGUGGCAGCUUCAUCGUUGGCUGAUGAUGAUUUGAGAAGCAGAUUGACCAAUAAUAUUGUAUCGAUCUCGUCACAAUUGACUGAACAUCGUCACCUGGAAGAAGAGAACACAUCAGUCGAUGGAUCAUCUGUUUGCGCCUACAGUAAUGCCUCAAUGCUAGCCUCCGAAUACUACCCGAAUCGAUCGAGAUGCCUCCGUAUCCAAUGUAUGAACCAUCUGGAUUCGAAGAUCGAAAGAGAGUUCUCAAUGAGUGUAAACGAGAUAAACGAGUCGAAUGACAGUACGAUUCUCGCCUACGGUACACUUCUCUCCACUCAAUUAUACAAGGCGUCGUGUGGAAAAGUGUGUGCUCUGUUGAGAGAUGCUUCCCAUAUCUUGACGAAUCGAGCCAUGUCGAGAAGCUUUGCGACCGCUCAGGAGGUGUUGUGCAACGUGGCCGAUAUUCCAUUCUUGUUUGUUACGGAGCAAUUUCUCCGCAACUCCCCGCUAUGCCUUCGUCUGAAACAUACACUCAACGAGUUGAAAGAGCAUUGGGAGACGUUCGACGAGAGGAGAGAUCAAUGUCAGAAGGCGAUCAACUCUCUUCGCUCCGCCUACAAACUCUCAGCACUCGGUGGAUCGACGUCAUCAUUCAGUCUGACAUCGGAACUUGAUAUGGGAAAACUGUUGAAUAAGUUGGUGUUCCAAGUGAAACUGAUGAUUGAUGCGUUGAAGGAUAUGUCGGAUGCUGUCAAGAAUUCCACGAGUUCACAGACGUACUCUCUCUCGCCGGCCAUCUUGGAACACCACCGCGAGCUCCUAAUGUGCGCCUCGGACGACGCCGCCUCAUCAGUGAACUCAUCAAUGUCACGUCUCAACGUCGACAACGAGUCGUCGAUCCCCCGCUCCCAACAUUCGUGCGAUUCGCUCGUUUUGCUUCUGGCGAACAAACGAUAUACACAGGCUUUACAAGCGGUUCGACAACUUCGACGGACCUACGGUGAGGAAUACGGAUGCUGUGAGACUGUCGACGUCGAUGUGCUCUUGCUUCUCUUCUGUCGAAGUCAUUCGUUGAAGGCGUGGGCUCUUGUUGGAGCAUCGUCAGAGGAAAUCACGCGACAAAGUGAACUUUUGCGUGAAGCGAAUGCGGAGUUGGCAUCGUGCCUCCGAAGAAAUGCUCAAAGUCUCCAGAAUCUCGAACGAGUCACGCCGUCAAUGGGAUCGACGACCGAGUCAUUCGCCCAGUUGCCAUCGUCCUCCGAUCAUUAUGAUUAA